UAAUCGCAGCUUUUAAUUGUUCUGUUUAAAAAAUUAUGUUUUAUUAAAGCAAUUGAACUUAAAAUAGUACAAAAUAACCAUGUCUAACAAAAAUAUAAUAUAUCGACCACCUUAUAGCGAUUCCGAAGAUGAUUAUGAUGGUUUUGCUUUCGGUGAUGAUAUUAUAAAGAAACCGAAACAAAAUUACUGGCAUAAAGAUGAUGAACAGGAACUGUAUGAAGCGAUGUUGGAAGGGAAUUUGGAUGAGGUGAGGCAACAAGUGGAUUUGCAAAAUUUCAAUGUGAAUGCGUCGGUGAAAGGUGGCUUUACAUUACUACUGCAUGCCUGCAAACAGGGCUUUCUAGACAUUGUAGAAUAUCUGAUAUUGGAAAAGAAAGCCGAUGUAAAUAAACAAUUCGAUUCCGUUACGCCACUAAUGAAUGCCUGUGACUCCCAUAGUAAAGAUGUUCAUAUUAUUGACAAAAUGGCCAAGUUACUGCUACAACAUGGAGCCAUCAUAAAUGUGGCCGAUAAAUAUGGCACUACACCCUUUAUGCUGGCUUGCAAAAAUGGUCUCACCAACAUUGUGCGCCUUAUGAUCAAGGAAGUCAGUUUCGAUGCCUUCGACAAUCAGGGUUGUACGCCCAUUUUUCAUGCCAUCGAAAAUAAUCGUGGUGAUAUUGUUAAGAUUCUAGUGGAUGAGGGAGUUAAUUAUAAAAUAGCCAAUCGUAAGGGUUAUACACCCAUACAAGUGGCCCAAUUUCAUGGUUUCUAUGAUUUACUCGAAUUGCUGCCUAAGGAAAAGGAAGCCUAUAUCGUGCCCUCACAAUUUUUAGCUUAUAACACUUUGCGUGAUUAUAUACCGCGUAUAUUUUUGAAAUCUGAAUGUCCCGAAUAUUUUCAAGAGAUCAGCACAAUAUUAUUGUCGAUAAGUAGGGAACAUUUUUUGGAGUACUUUGCCAAAGGACGCAUAACAUUGGCACAGUUUUUGUGUAUGACCGAUGAGAAACUAAAAGAGUUGGGCAUUAUGUUUCCGCUGUAUCGCAUGAAAAUAAUGAAAGGUUUACUGGAUUUUCAAUUGCAUCACUGGUCUAAAAAGUCUAUAGCUAGAGUCAGCAAAAAUUCCCCAGAAAAUUUCUAUGAGAUACUCAUGAUAACCGCCAAUCAUUUGCAGCAUUUGGUUAUAAUCAAUUCCUCUUUAAAGUUUAUUAAACAUCAUUUACAACACGAUUUACUAGGUAAUGUUGAUUAUGCCAAUAUAUCGAAUAUGCAAAAGAAUUUGCAACAUUAUAAGCACACUUUAAAAGAAUUGAAAAAGACUACCAAAUAUCUGGCCUCAUUUAGUCCUCCCAAAAAUCCUCUCUACAUUGAUUAUGAUGAGUUUUUAGCCGAACGUAAACGUUUGAAAUUUAAAUGCUAUUUUAAAUAUACUUUGGCCAUUGGUUUAUCGGUAUUUAUAUGUUUAAAAUUUAAACGUUUGUUUUAGUGCUAAAAAACAUUCCGCCUGAAUUGCAAGAAAUCCGAAACUCAUAGCAUUUGUUGAAUUGCAGUAAAUUGAAUUUAAUUAUUUUUUCUGAUUAGUAUUAAAUUAGUAUUUAAUUUUAAGUUUUUUUUUAUAUGUUUUUGAACGGAAUUGUUUGUUAAGUUUUAGUUGUUUAGUAGUCAAGCUGCAUUUACUAAAUUUUUAGAAUUAUAUUACUAUAUAGUUGUUAAAAUCGUUAACAAUAUUUAGCUUAAAGCUUUAAAAUAUGUAUUACUAUAGUUACUAUUAUAUAGUCAGAGUUACAUUUGUUUGUUGAAUAAAAAUCUAGAUGUUGAAAUAAAAAUUGAAUUGAAUUUAAAA